AUGUCAGAAGCAAUGAGUAUCCACUCAGAGUCUAUAGUCUCUACACUCCGAAUCUUUGCAGAACGAUUCUGCCAUUUAUCUUCACGUCAGCACCAUGAUGAUACUGAAGAGGAUUGCCGGAGAAAGGUCCUGAGAGAAACGGCUCAGGAGACCCAGAAGGAGCUCAGAAAUAUCCUAAGUCAUCUUGCUACCACCUCUUUUGCAGAACGUUCGGUGAAGGUGUCAUUCAAAGACCUCUCGCGCUUGAACUUCAAGAAUUGUCCUUGCCUUCCAUCACCUGCGACGAUCAAAGUAAUCAACGGUGAUACCCUGAACGCCGCCAUGGAAGUUUACCAGGACCCAAAAGCAGCUUCUUCCCUUCAAAAAAACCAUCCACUCAUCAUCAACUUCGCCUCGCAUACCAAACCAGGGGGUGGUUGGUUGAAUGGGGCGAUGGCACAGGAGGAAUCAAUCUGCUACCGGAGCUCAUUGGGACUAAGCCUUGACACUGAUGACUACCCACUCGCUCUUGAUGAGGCAAUCUACAGUUCCUAUGUCCUGAUCAUGCGCAGUGAUCUGCAAUCCGGACAUGAGUUGUUGUCUCCUCCUUUUCCUCCAGAAGAGCUUCCCGUUGUCAGCGCAAUUACAAUUGCCGCUCUCUAUCAACCUGCAACCCGGAUAAUUAUGCAGGAGCAUCCUAAAAAAAGGAAAUGUGGCAAUGCAUCAUCAUUCAGCUCCUGCUCAUCAUCAGCUUCAUCGCCAUCCUACCGUGGAAAAAAUGAAAAGUUCGAGCGUGAGAAGGACCGCGAUCUUACGAAAGCCAAAAUGAGGCUGGUAUUCCGUAUUGCAGGUUUUUGUAAGCAUGAGGUGCUAAUUCUCGGGGCAUUCGGCUGUGGAGUUUAUGCAAAUCCUCCUGCUGAGAUUGCGCACUGUUGGCUUGAGGUUCUGGAGGAGCCUGAGUUCCAGGGCAAUUGGUGGCGCGAGGUAUGCUUUGCUGUUCAUGAUCCGAAGAAAGAUGGCAAUUUCAAAAUCUUUAAGGAGAUCUUAGAUGGGAAAGAGGUUUAA